AGAGUCCAGGAGGAGCGUUACGGUUUGUGGAGACACCGGGAGCCAUGGCUCAGAAACCGCUCAGCACCGCCGCCGCAGAGCGCAUGAACCUUGUGGCCCAGGAUGAGAUCUGGAGAUACCGUCUGAGGGCCGAAUAUGAAGCCCAGGAAAAGUGGCCGGCCAAGUGGGGAUAUUUGGCAACCCCCAUGGAAAAGCUGCUUGAGGAUGAAGAGCCACACACCCCAAAGGCCAAGAUCGACCUGCCCGGCCACUUCCGUGUCCGGACAGUGAGCCCCAUGGACAAAUACAUCAAGACUCUUCCAUCACCCCCAGUCCCAAAGACCACCCAAGGCUUCAUCGGAUGGCGUUCCUCGGUGCCGGGCCUGAACAAGAACUUGGAGCAUGACCGGGAGAUCCGCAGCUGCAAAGGGAUCUACGCCCGGGAGCUGCACUGGCCUGAACAAGGCGUGUACUGAACGCCACUAGCCUCUGCCUCAGCGGAGGGGGGCGGUGAGCUGUGCCUAGCUGAGUGUUCCUGGGGACAGUCCCCCACAUCUCUGCUCGAGGGAUGCUCUGAAGAACAACCAUUUGCCUUAGGCAUUGUCUUUGAUUUGUGCAUUUCAGGAUUGUUGGCUAACUGAAGUAAAAUAGAUA